AUGAAGCUUGGGAUCCCUAGCCUCGUAUCGGUCCUAGGUAGCAAAACGACUGAGCCUGGGGCUGACGGGCUGAAUUCUUCAGAAACUCAUCCUGAAGUCGACUCCGGGCCAACGACACACGAGAGAGAUGUCCACAAGGGAAAGCCGUCGUUUUCUGUGGACCACUCGUCUGACGAUGAGUCGCUCGAGAAAAUCGAUGACAACGCCGAGCAUGGUGUGCAAACUGUGCAGGCUAUGACCUACGCGUGGUCGAAGAAAGACAUCCUUUUUCUAUAUAUCAUGAUAUGGCUGAUCGAGUUCAUCCUCGCCUUUUCCAACGGCAUUGUCAACACUCUGACCCCUUAUGUGACGAGCUCCUUCCAAGAGCACUCAUUGACGGCACUCACUGGCGUCAUCUCGUCCCUGGUCGCCGGGAUCUGGAAGCUCCCAUACGCCAAAAUCAUGAACGUCUGGGGCAGACCACACGCCUUUGCCUUAAGCGUGCUCUUCAUCACGGCCGGCCUGAUAAUGAUGGCCGGCUGCAACAAUGUUCGGACGUACUGUGCAGCCCAAGUUUUUUACUGGAUGGGUUACAAUGGCAUCUCCUUCAGCAUUACUGUCUGCAUUGCCGAUACAUCGAAAUUGAAGAAUCGAGGUUUCAUGAUCGCCUACGCUUCCUCGCCCUUUCUCAUCACUACCUGGGUCUACGGAUACGCGGCUGAUAGCAUUCUCGCCGGCAUGGGUUUCCGAUGGGGCUUUGGCGUGUUCUGUAUCGUCGUCCCUAUUGUCUGCGCCCCAUUCGGUAUCGUGCACUGGAUAGCUCAACGAAAGGCCCGUAAAGCAGGCCUCAUACCUCUUCGUGUCACGGCAAACAUGAACUUGUCUCAGAAAACUUUCCAUUACCUCAAGGAGUUUGACGUGAUCGGACUGUUGAUCCUCGCUACGGGACUGUCUCUCUUCCUCUUGGCCUUCAACAUCUAUUCCUACCAGCCGGACACCUGGCGAUCUCCUUUGAUUAUCUGCUUUCUCAUCUUUGGCGGUUUGUUGAUUAUCGCCUUCGGCUUCUGGGAGGCCAAAUUUGCUCCGAUUACUUUUGUACCUUGGGAGCUGCUCAAGAACCGGACGGUUAUCUUCACUUAUACAAUGGCUGCCUCUCUAUAUAUUGGCUGGUAUAUCUGGGAUAGCUACUUCUUUUCCCUUCUCGUCGUCCUCUUCAACCAGACCAUCGUUCAUGCGACUUAUAUUAGCAACAUCUAUACGAUGGGAAGCUGUUUCAUCUCUCUCGUUUACGGACUCUGCCUUCGCUACUUCAGCGGCCGUCUGAAGCUCUACUCGUUCUUCUGGGGCGUUCCCCUUACCAUCCUAGGAGUUGGUCUGAUGAUCAAGUUCCGGCAACCGGACGUCAACAUCGGUUAUAUCGUAAUGUGCCAGAUCUUCGUCGCCUUCGGCGGAGGUGUCUUGGUCAUUUCCGAGCAGACCACCCUGAUGGCCGUCUCCAAGCAACGCGAUUUCCCCGCCCUGUUGGCUUGCGAGUCGAUGAUCAUUGCCAUUGGUUCCGCUGUUGGUUCGACGAUCGCAGGGGCCAUGUGGACGGGCAUCUUCCCCGAGAAACUAUCUAAAUACCUCCCAGCCAGCGCGCAAGGAGAUCUGGCCAAGAUCUAUGGCGACAUGACCGUCCAGGCCAGUUAUCCUUGGGGAAGUCCCACGAGAAAUGCCAUCAACAGGAGCUAUGCAGAAACCCAGCGGUACAUGUUGAUUGCUGCGACCAGCAUCUACUCCACCACCCUUAUAAGUGUCGCACUUUGGGAAGACGUGGACGUGCGCAAGAUGAAACAACGGACAAUUGGCUUGUUGUAA